AUGACCCGGCCAGACCCCGCCUACGAACCGCCUCCGAUCGCGUCGUCCCCUCGCCGGCCACUCAACCCAAGUGACGUCAGUGAUUCGGAUAAAGCCAACUUUGCCGCGGGCACCAUCCAGAGGGUAUACCGUGGCUAUCGUGCUCGCCGAGAACUGCAAGGCAUCGGCGUCGCAGCGUCAAGUCGGUGGAUGGAUAUCACGAGUCAGAAACGAUGCGAAGAGUCACAGGCCCCGAACGAACCUGCAUGGGAGACAGAAAGCGAGAACCCGAGUCCUGCCCGCAAGAACUGGCAACGAGUCGUGAGCAUCGCGAUACAAGCUGGAGCCUAUGACCGGUCCGUCGAAUCAGCCGCUCCAAAUAUCCAUGAGAAGGCAAACGAGCCUGAGCGAUUGCAUGGGACGACAUCGAAGAUGAUGGAUCUCCCCUACUUUCUCGAGAUGGUCGAUGAGAAACACCGUCAUGGUAGUAACCUUCGCGCCUAUCAUUCGGUCUGGAAAAACUCACCUUCGGGCGAGAACUUCUUCUAUUGGCUGGAUCAUGGAGAAGGAAAAAAUGUGGAAAUCGCACAGUGCCCUCGGGAACGGUUGGAACGAGAUCAAGUGCGGUACCUGUCGCCCCAGGAGAGAGCCAAGUAUCUGGUUGUGGUGGACGAUACGGGCCGAUUUCGCUGGGCCAAGAACAAUGACCUGGUCGAAACUGAUACCAAUCAAUACAAAGACAGCAUGCAAGGGGUCGUGCGCAUUCAAGAGGGAGCUCGGCAAUUCCGAGGGAAUACGGAGGCCGCGUUGUCAGAACCAGGAUCACCUAACCCCCGGUCGGCUUCGCCAACAAUCGUUGAUGACGAGGAAGACGGCGACCCAAAGCUAUCGACCCGCGAAGACUACGAAUUGGGAAAGGCUGUUAGCAAGUUUUCUCGCAUCAAACCGACUGCCAUCUAUGAUCAUUUUGCCGCAAGCCUCCCGAAAAAGGAUGAGAUGUGGAUAUUUGUCGCUGAUACAUCCUUCCGAAUUUAUAUUGGCAUCAAGGAGCCAGGUGCAUUUCAGCAUUCCUCCUUUCUCCGGGGUGGCCGGAUUUCCGCUGCGGGAAUGCUCAAAAUCAAGCACGGACAGCUGCGCAGCCUGGCACCGUUGAGUGGACACUAUCGGCCUCAUGUAGCCAACUUCCGAGCUUUUCACCAUUCCCUUCAGGAACGAGGUGUUGACCUAUCUCGUGUCCUGAUUAGCAAGUCAUAUGCGAUCUUGGCUGGCAUUGAAGGAUACACCUUGACAAAGAAGAAGGUUCAUAAUGUGCACGAAAAGCUGGAUACGGCGAAGGAAAAGCUUCGUCGAUCGAGUCAUGGGAAUUCCAAAGAUGAAAGUGCGGAAACCGGAUGA